AAAGAAACAUGGGAUCACCCAUUACAACUGCCAGACUAAGAGCUCAUGAAUGUGAGGCACAUAUCAACAAACUCACUAUCAGAAUCUCUGCGUGGGGGUCUAGACAUUUUUCCUAUUCUGCCAGAGUUAGACUUAUUAAUUCUGUGCUUAUGGGAAUUAUCACUUUUUGGGCAAGAAUCUUUAUACUGCCUAAAGGUGUCACCAAGAAGGUUAUGGCUAUUUGUAGGAACUUUCUGUGGGGUGGGCCUGCUGAAUAUCACAAGGUACCUCUGGUGCAGUGGGAUGAGGUGUGCCAGCUGAAGAAAUAUGGAGGGUUGGGGAUAAGGAACAUCAUGAACUGGAACCUAGCUGCUAUUAUGAAACUUAACUGGGAUGUUGCUGGGGAAAAAGACAUUAUUCUUUGGGUUAAAUGGAUCCAUACAAGAUACAUUAAGAAUGGUGAUUUCUGGAUGUACCAUCCUAAGCUAGGCUCCUGCUACUACUGGAAGGAGAUGCUUAGGGUGAGGAACAAAUUCAAGGAUAUGCCACACCCUAAGCCCUAUGAGAUUAGGGAAGGAUAUAAUUGGCUACAAGGAGAGUUUGCAAUGGAAAUGCAGAAAGUGAGAGGAGGAAAAAUGAGGAAAAUGGCUAUUGCUAUAUGGGCAACUGCUGUAUACUUCACUUGGAAAUGGAGGAAUAUAAUGACCUAUGGCAUAAGAAGGCACUAUCCUAGAAUAGCGAGGGAGCUAAGGAAGGAAGGACACAAUGUGGUGGUUUUCGAGCAGAGCCAUGAUGUUGGGGGGCAAUGGCUAUACAACGGCCAAGUUCACGCAGAAGAUCCCUUGGGGAGGGCCAAAUUCUUGAAGGUCCAUAGUAGCGUGUACGCGUCGCUCAGGCUCAUAUCUCCAAGAGAGAUUAUGGGCUUUUCUGACUUCCCAUUUGUUACCAAGAAGGGGAGGGAUCAGCGGAGGUUCCCAGGCCAUGAAGAACUCUUGUCGUACUUGCGUGAUUUUUGCGAGUUUUUCAAGUUGAGAGAGAUGAUGAGGUUCAAUACAAGGGUUGAGUAUGUUGGGAUUAUGGACGAUAAUACCCUCGAGCUCGAGAGCGAUAUUAGAUGGGUUGUGAAAAGCAAACCAACGACGGGCAGCAAUGCAAAGGUUCUUGAAGAAGUUUUUGAUGCUGUGGUGGUGGCUUCUGGUCAUUACUCUCAGCCAAGAUUGCCUCAGAUUAAAGGGAUGAAUGCAUGGAGAGGAAAGCAAAUGCAUAGUCAUAUUUACAGAGUUCCAGAGCCAUUUUGCAAUGAGGUGGUUGUGGUGGUUGGGAACUCACUGAGUGGACAGGAUAUAUCCAUGGAGCUUGUAAAUGUAGCAAAGGAGGUUCAUUUGAGCGCCAAGAAUCCUCAUAACAUUUCUGAAGGCUUGUCGAAAGUGAUCUCGAAGCAUGCCACCUUGCACAUUCAUCCUCAGAUUGAGUCAUUGCAUGAAGAUGGGCUGGUUUUGUUCGUAGACGGCAGCUCCACUAUUGCAGAUACGAUCUUAUACUGCACAGGGUACUCCUACUCCUUCCCGUUUCUUGACACUAAAGGAAUAGUUGCAGUGGAUGAUGACAGAGUGGGGCCCCUAUAUGAGCACACAUUCCCUCCUUCACUGGCUCCUUCUCUGUCCUUCAUAGGCAUCCCACGAAAGCUCAUUGGGUUCCCUUUCUUUGAGUCUCAAGCAAUAUGGAUAGCACAGCUUCUGUCCGGAAAGAGGACACUACCAUCAUGGGAGGAUAUGAUGCAGUCCAUCAGGGAGUUUUAUAAGUCUAGAGAUCUCGCUGGCAUUCCUAAACAUAACACCCAUGAUCUCGCGGAUUUUGAUUAUUGUGAUAAAUAUGCAGAUUAUGUUGGAUUCCCACAUCUAGAAGAAUGGAGGAAGGAGCUUUGUAUAUCAGCUUUGAUAAAAUCAGAAAUCAACCUGGAGACAUAUAGGGAUGCAUUUGAUGAUCAUGAGAUGCUUCAAGUAGCUUAUCAGAGCCCCCAUUUUGCUCAGCUCGAAUGUCUGGAUUAUACACAGUAAAUGCAAUGAACAGAACAUGCAGCA